GAUGCGAAGAAGGGCGAACAUUAGAUUACACAGAGAAAAAAUUUGUCUAGAAUGUAAGAGUGGCUAUCUUUUAAACGGUUUGAAAACGGAUUGCCUACCUUGCAGUAGCCUUGAUACCAACUGCGAAAAAUGCAGCUUAAACGACGAAAAAACUGCUGUUGAUAGAUGCUUUAGUUGCGGAAAUGGGUACAAUGUUAAAUCGGACGGAAAGGGUUGCUAUACGUGUUCAGAUAUUAAUUGUUUAAGCUGUUCGGAAAAUAACUUUUGCUUGAACUGCAAACCUGGUUUUACAAUUUCAGCAACUGGAAUUUGUGUACAAUGCUCAGUUGGAAAUUGUACAAGUUGCUUAAAAGAAUCUUAUCAGACUCAAUGCAGUUCGUGUCAUGACUCAUUCACGUUAUCUAAUGAUAAAACGAAAUGUACAUCUUGUACUUCAUUUUGUGAAUCCUGCUCAUUUGUUAAUGAAAGUAGGACGGCCGGAAGUUGUAAUCAAUGCUCAAGUGGUUUUGCUAUUGAUAAUGUAAAUGACGCGCUUUGUUACGCCUGCAAUUCGAUUAAUGAAAAUUGUAUAGAAUGUAAAGACCGCGACAAAACAUGUAAGACAUGCAAAAGUGGUUUUGUUACUUCGCUUGAUGGUUUACAGUGCAUAUCUUGCUCUAGUCACGUGACUGAAAAUUGUUUGAAAUGCUCGAAUUCUAACACGACUCGAAUUUGUGAAGAAUGCGUUGAAGGAUUUACACUUUCAGUUGAUAGAAAGACAUGCAUAAAUUGCGGUAAAAUUGCCAACUGCAAAGAGUGCGAUAAUGCUAAUGAAUUAAAUGAAGUCAAAUGUUAUAAAUGUUCUACGUCCUACUCACCUAGUGUAACGAAAGCUGAAUGCCUUAGUUCCAAUCCGGCCUGUUUGUCAUGUACAUUCACGAAUCUCGGUGUUGAAUGCAACCAAUGCGAAAAGGGAUAUAUAUUAAAACCAGAUAAAUCCGGUUGUUUGGAAUGUCCACCUUCUUGCUCCAAAUGUAGGGCUGUUGAUAACUUUCAAGCUCACUGCAUCAGGUUUGAAUGUACUGUUGGACACGGACUAUCGGACAAUGAAUUCCGGUGCAGUCCUUGCCAACUGAAUUGUCAAAAGUGUAUGAAGACAAUAUUUGGAAAAAGUAUUUGUAUUAAGUGCACGGAUGGUUUCACCCUUGGUCCUGAUUCAAAACAGUGUUUCAAAUGUCCUCCUUCCUGUAUUAAUUGCGUACUUAGAGGUAGUGAAACGUUCUGCAUAGCAAGCGGGUGUAAGGCUGGCUAUGUGACAAAAUCAGAUGGUACUUGCGGAGUCUGCGGAGUAUCUUGCGAAAAAUGUUUCACAGCCGGAGAUGGAAGUUUCAAAUGUUCAAAAUGUUUUCCAAAAUUCACGUUUGAUUCGAAUAGGAAUUGUUUACCAUGCCCUUUCAACUGCAAAUCAUGUUCAUGGGAUAGUACUCAUUUCAGAACGAUAUGCACAGUCUGCGAAGAUGGUUAUACAUAUUCUCAUCGUGACAACAAAUGUUUCAAAUGCGUUAGUCCUUGUCUCACGUGUUACCAAACUGAAACGGAAAAACUCUGCAAAAGUUGUAAAUCGGGUUAUUUCUUGAAUCAGAAAAGCAAAAAUUGCCUUCCUUGCCCGAAUGGAUGCUACCACUGUUCCAGUGUUCCUGGUAAUACAUUUGGUUCCAACUGCUAUACAUGUACAAAAGGAUUUAUGCUGAUUAACGGACAAUGCAUAGAAUGUCCCAACAAUUGCGAAAAAUGCAGUUCAAACUUUGGUAUUGUUCGCUGUUCAUCAACCGGAUGUUCUACGGGAUAUGGAUUGAAACAGUCUAAUAAACUAUGCUACAAAUGUCCAAAAAAUUGUCAAUCAUGCUAUGAAGAUAAAGGUGGAUUGUUUAUCUGUACAAAAUGAAGUUUGUACAGCUUGUCCGCCAAAUUGUAUUAAAUGCGA